AUGGUUCUCAAAUUGAUAUCGGCCACCCCCUCACCCUAUGCUCGCAAGGUACGCAUCGCAUUACACGAGAAAGAGAUCCCUUUCGAGCUAGUGACCGAGGUGCCCUGGGACAACACGACUCAGAUACCACAGCACAACCCACUGGAGAAGCUCCCUGUGCUCAUUGACACGGCCGACCCCGAUAAUGCAGUCUAUGGGUCACAUCUCAUCCUCGACUGGAUUGAAUAUAAAUUUCCACCGCCUAGUCACUUGGCUUUGAUGCCCAAGACCAAGGAAAAUGAGCUGUUUGCCAAGAAGGUUCAAGUUAUUGCAGAUGGUAUCUGCGACGCCUGUGUGUUGAUGUUCUUUGAGAAGCAGCGCUCAUCACCCAGUGGGGAGUGGACAUCUCGCCAGCGGCGGAAGGUUGACGGAGGACUCAACCAGCUCGCUUAUUGGGUCGGUGACCGUGAAUUCCUCAUCGAGGAUAAAUUCACGUUGGCUGACGUAGCAGCCGGCGCUGCUCUUGGGUAUCUUCGUGUCCGUUUCCAAGAUCAUCCGUGGCAGGAAGAAUAUCCUAAUCUCAAGCGGUAUAGUGAUCAACUUGAGGCUAGGGAGUCUUUUGAAAUAUCCGUUCCCACUCCGCAGAAUAUUAAAGAUAAGAUAGUAUGA